UAGACACAAAGACUCUCAGGAAUAUCAAUCCAGUGAGAUGUUAUAUUUAUGGUGCCGAUUCCUGCCGUUUUAAACAAACUCAAGUCGAUGUGAAGGGAGGAUGAAUUUCUCUGGACAACUUCUAACUACAUUCACCUUUGUAAACCUUGUUCUUACGGCUUCAUCCUCUCUCAAUUUCUACAUAAAUCAUACGGAAUCAAAGAGGAUUCUCGGUAUUGAGGGUGAUAUUUACUACAUACGAAAUGGCGAGGUCAAAUCCAAUGCAGUCAACUUCAAUAUGACCGUCCCUUCGCGAGUAGACUGCUUGCGUUUUAUAUGGUACUCUACUCGAUCACCUUCAAAUGCUGUGGGGUACGACUACGUUUUAAAAUUAUCGUCGUUAACUCCUGAUAUUCUGAUAAAGCCUACAGUGAAUAUAAAAAAGGCUGGAGUCAUUCCAGAAACUAAGAAAGAAUUUUGCAUUAAUAUGACGUGUAAAGGAACUAAAGCAGGCACAGCCCAUAUGAUGAUACAAAUUGAAUUCAGUAUACCAACAGAAGAGAGAAAACUGGUGUUAAAUCUUCGAAGGAUAAAAACUUGUAGAAAAGACCUCCAUACUAGUGCUAGAAGGAAACCAACUGUUGUCCAAGUACCAAAUGAUCACACGGAAGCAAAUCCUCCAGUAUCACCAUUGGAUAAAACCACAGUCUUCUACAUUGCAGUUGGGGUUGCCUGUAGCAUUAUCCUCAUUAUAGCCCUUGCUGUGGCUGCAAUUCAUGUCCAUUCAAUGCCACGUCCUGACAAAGAUGGUGAUACAGACAUCCCAGGAAGGCAGGAGAGCGUAUCUAAAACUCCUCUUAUUGCUGCUGCUGGUAAACCAAAACAGGAAACAAGCAGUCCAGCUAUAAAUGGAAAUCAGGGUCCUCAAAAUGUGCCCAUACCUGCUGUAAGUAAUACCAACCAGAUCCCUGUUUUGACAGCAAAUAAUGUAACUGCAAGCGUACCCUUGGUGACAAAUCUUAUUCCAAAUGGCGGUGUACAUGUGCCCCAUAUAAGGCCCAGACUUCCAGGUGGGUUCCCUGUGAGGGACAGCACAAUCAGCAUCACCCCCAGUGAUGGGAAUUAUGGUGGAGGGGGGCUGCAAUCCACACAGAAGGGGAAAUAUGGAAACAGAGACAUGAAAGCUGAAUUAAAAGACCUGGAAGUGGAUAUGGAUAGGAUUACCUUGGGGGAUUUGCUAGAAGAAGGGACAUUUGCUCGUAUCUAUAAUGGCGUUUUAACUGGGCCUAGGGAAGCACAACAGCAAAGCGUUCUGGUGAAAACUGUAUCUGGAAUGGCAUCGGAAGACCAAGUUAACCUCUUACUCAUAGAAAGCUCAAUGCUGAAGGACCUCACUCAUAAAAAUCUUCUUCCUGUUAUGGCAGUGUGCCUUGAGGAUGAAAGACAGCCCUUGAUAAUGUUUCCAUUCAUGAACAGAGGGAACCUUAAAAUGUUUAUUAAGAAAUCCAGAUCUCCUGAAGGCGGCUCGAAGUCUCUGACAACCGCAGACCUUGUUCACGUCGGCAUACAAAUUGCCAAAGGACUCCAAUACUUAGCAAGGCGACGAAUUACUCACAAGGAUGUAGCUGCCAGAAACUGUGUUAUUGAUGACGAUCUGAAUGUGAAAGUCACUGACUGUGCGUUAUCAAGAGACCUAUUCCCACAAGAUUACUGUUGCCUUGGAGAUAACGAGAACAGACCAGUCAAGUGGAUGGCAGUGGAGAGCCUUGAAAAGGGACGAUUUACAGUUGCAAGUGACGUGUGGGCGUAUGGUGUCCUUCUGUGGGAAUUGAUGACUCUGGGACAGCAGCCCUACGGGAAUAUCGACGCUUUCGAAAUGCUCAACUUCCUCAAACAAGGACACAGAAUUUCGCAGCCGAUGAAUUGCCCGGAUGAACUUUUUACAAUCAUUGCAUGUUGCUGGGCUUUGUCAGAAGAUGAAAGGCCGAGUUUUGGGCAGCUAAUCGUGUGCUUGACAGACUUCUUGAAUGCUUUGAGUAAUUUUAUUUAAAAGUUUUAAAAAGUGUAAGAUAAAAUGUUUUCGGGCAAGAAUAGAUGACAUCCUGUCAAAAAAUGUCGAGGCAAGGUACAAACUAUAGGAUCACCACAGGCAGCUCAACCGCUGUAGACGAUUAAAUCUGCGCUAUAUUGAUUUUGCACAACAGAAGUGAAAAAAAAAAAAGGAUUUACCCGGGGAAAAUCGAUGCAUUUAGAAACCUAAAAAUAGUAGGAAUUGAAUUUAAGGUCGUUUCAAUCGUGCGUUUCCUUUUCGCCAUAUGGGUUUGAAGCGGUCAUUUGGUCCACCGCCCCUAUAUAUAUAAAUUCAUAGCGAUGAAGACGCUUUCAGAUCUUCCUCUUUUUCUUUAAUGUACCUGUAUGGAUAGGAAAAAAAGGAUGAAGCUAAAACCGCCUAAAUUUCUCUUAUUCAAAGCCAUUAAGGAGAAAAAGAAUCACACGACUGAAGCAAGAUAAGCUAUUUUUGGGUCAUGCAAACACUUUUCCCUCAUUAAAACCCUGCUACUUAAUAACAUUACAAUACAGACGGACACAUACGUCGAACCAUGGCCACCAAAGGUGACCGUGGUUUUUGAGAGUCGAUGAAGAACGUUCGUCAAAAAUCAUGAAUUAAUCUGACAAUUCCAGUACACUGAAUGCCCUACCAACCUCGAGAAUUCCUGGUAUUCUCAUUUAUGGAGAAAGCUACAUCUUGGCGAUUGCAUUGAAGACGAAUUCACCUAGGAACUUGAACAAUUUAUUGGUAACAGUUUAUUUGUCGAGUAAGGCAAUCCAAACUGAUCUCUAUCAAGAAAAAAGUUUGACUGCGAGGAAAGGUGUCAUCAGGAGACGAAGCUCCGUUUACGUUUCGUUACUGUUUGUAGGUUUAGUAGAUGUUUGAGUGAAGACAUUGGCAGAAAAAUAGAUAUUCCAUUGAGCGUGCGCAAAAUUUCAGAGGACUUAAUUUUCCAAUUUAGUUUAGAAGGGUGUGCGAGUCCAUUUGCACAAAGCUAAUAUAUUUUUGUUAUGUGUACAGUAUAUUUGUCCUUUGGAGAAAUGUUCUUCAGGACUCAGUUGUUCAAAAGGUGGAUAACGCUAUCCGCCUGAAAGCACAGUACGUUUUGUUAACACUUAUCCGCAGGAUAGCAAUUUAUCCUUUGGAAAGCGUCAUCCGCCCUUAACACAACUGGACGCGGAAGCUUAGAUUAUUUUAUUUUCAAUUAAACCACCGCAAAGUGUUUUAUUGGCCUUG